AGCAGUCAGGUGCCACCGGAGUGCCCGGGUCCGUGGACUUUAUUUUUCCCUUGGAAUCAGAUACAUUGGAAACAAGCGAACUCUAUCCCAGAAGAUGUUCUUCUUUCUGCUACCUGUCGUGGCUCUCUUGCUGAGCAGAGAAACAGCGGUCUCCGGUAUCAAUAACGACAAAUGGCUGAGCACCGUGGCUCAGUUUAAGGACAGAUCCUGGAACAGAUUCAGAGAUGAAGCGGAGGAUGACUACUUCAAAAGCUGGGCUCCUGCCAAGUCUCUGGACCAAGAACGAGAGGCCGAACCUAGCAGCUAUGGAGACCCAGGAACUAAAGCUCACCCUAGCUCAGCCAAGAAGACAGUACAGGAUGGUCCAGACGCUACAAAGGACCCUUGUCUGAAUGUGCGCUGCCCUCCUCACAAGGUGUGCGUCAGCCAUGACUACCAAACAGCCAUCUGCACCAAUCACAAGCAGCCAACUCACAGUGUGAAAUCCAGGAAAGGCAGCGCAGGUCACAAGCACAGGCUUGAAACUGGUGCUCAUGGGAAAUGUAGGCUCUGCUUGGGGCUCCAGUCAAGUCCUGUGUGUGGAUCUGAUGGACACACCUACUCCUCCAGGUGUAAGUUGGAGUUCCAGAGCUGCCUGUCUGGAAAGACGAUCUCAGUAAAAUGUGACGGCCUGUGUCCCUGCUUGCCUGGUCAUGAGCUCAGCAAACCACCACAUAAGACUGAAAAGGCUGCCUGCACCGACACAGAGCUCCACAGUCUGGCUGCAAGACUAAAGGAAUGGUUCGGAGUUCUCCACCUCGACGCCAACAGAGACCUCAAAUCCUCUGACAGCUUAGACUCCACCACUGGACACUUUGACACCAGCAUCUUGCCCAUCUGUAAGGACUCACUGGGCUGGAUGUUCAACAAGCUUGACAUGAACUUCGACCUCCUGCUGGACCAAUCAGAGCUGAGUGCCAUCUACCUGGACAAGUAUGAGCUGUGCAUGAAGCCCCUCUUCAACUCCUGUGACUCCUUCAAGGACGGAAAGCUGUCUAACAACGAGUGGUGCUACUGCUUUCAGAAACCUGAGGGACUGCCCUGCCAAGCUGAGAAGAGCAGGAUCCAGAACCAGAGUCGAAGGAAGAGCCUCAUAGGCUUUUAUAUUCCCCGUUGUACCGAGGAGGGCUACUUCAAACCAACCCAGUGUCACAGCAGCACCGGCCAGUGUUGGUGUGUGGACAAAUAUGGUAACGAGAUCGCUGGCUCCAGAAAACAAGGCAACCCUAACUGCGAUGAGGACCAGGAGACAUCAGGGGACUUCGGCAGUGGCGGCGCCGUCAUUCUCCUUGACGACCAGGAGGAGGAGCCCUCACAGAACGGGCGGAGCCGGCAGAAGAAGAGACGGGGCCGAAUUCACCCCCGAGGAGCCAUCGAGGACGAUGAGGACGAGGAAGACGAUAAGGAUGACGAGACUGGCUACGUGUGGUAGCUCCACUCCAUUUAAUUCUGCCAUCAGCCGACCAGGAAACUCCGUUAACUCAGCACAGAUCUGAAGCCAUUCCAAUGUCUCCUCCUCCACUUACUUUGGCAGCAGUCCAUCUUUUGGCUCCUGAACUUGCUCUUGUUUUCCCUGUCCCUUAUCCAUAUCUCUCUCUUCAGCGAACCUCAUCCUCUUCAUGUGUUUCACUUUUUCCUCAGAUGGAAAACACAGAACCUAUUAGAUUUCAACAACUGUCAAGAUCCUGAAUUCUGCUCAAGCUGUCCACUUUCUGCCUCUACCAUCCCCCAAACCUGCGAUCUUUACCCUCUUCUAACAUGGAAUUGCUUCUCUAUUUUCUCUAUUACUCCUCUAUCUCCCCCUUUCUCUUAUAUCCUGUCCCUCUCUCUGCUAUCUCAGUAUGUCCAUGUCAGAGCUUCUGGUUAGUCUGUGAGCCCAGAUACAUUAGCUGAUGUAUUGGAUGUAAAUAUGUUUCCUUCAGGAAGGCCAGAUUGUGGAUUAAACCCUCCCUGUAUUUCCAUCAGCAGUUGCAAUCUCAUGUUCUGUGUUCCACCGUCAGGCUCCUUCCAGUGUUCAAAGGUGUUUCCACAACACACUCUCUCUCUCUCUCUCUCUCUCUCUCUCUCUCUCUCUGUUAUUUCAUGGAGGAUUGUAAAUUAUUUAACCGUUGAUCUUGAAUGUCCCAGAAAGCCCAGGAAGCAAUGAGAUUAAUGAUGUAUUGUCGUCGUUGUUGCAUGUUUCUCAUCGUGUUUCUGUAAAAGAGAGAUUUACCUGGCCAGGUCUAGCUCUAUGCAUCUCAAACAGAAAGUGAUGCCUAUUUGGCUGCUACAAUACUUUGUUGCUAUGUCGAUGCUGUCUAGUGUCUUUUUGGUUCUUCUCCCAAUCUCAGGAGGUAGGAAGUUGCAUUGCAGAGUGAUAGCAGUGUAGAAAAGUGAACUGCAAGGCCUACAGUCCAAAUCUGUGGCGUUUCAGCCAGCUAUUGUUGUACUAGUUGAUCAGUAGGGCUUCUGAGGCUGUUUGACUGUGCAUAGACACUAGAGGAAGAAGCUGCUCCUGAGCUGGGAGGACACAUGAAGUCGGGCAAGCAGAGAAGAGGCUCUGUUCUGCCUCCCAACACUGGAUAUGUUCGUGAUUUAAAAUUGAAAUCCUCACCAUGUCAACUAAGUGAAUUUUUAUUUGUAACUUUGAAAAUUUAAGUAAAGUGGCACUUUGGGUGUCUUUUGAACCUUA